AUGAGCUCUGUGGUGUGUGAUGAUUUAAGAGAUCUCAAAGCUGGGAGGACAGAUUGGCAAAUCAAAGUAAGGAUUAUCCGUCAAUGGAGGGGAAUCACUGUACUAGGUGAACCAUUCAAAGGUUACAACUACAUGUUUCUUGAUGCCAAGAACUGUAGGAUGCAAGCGUAUGUGCCACAAUCGCUUGAAGUGAAAUUCAAUAGAUUAGUGGUUUUAGGCAAAAUUUAUUUCAUCAAGAAAUUCCAGGUGAAGGAUUACACUGAGAAGGAUAAAUAUAGACCUGUUCGGAUGGAUAAACAGAUUUCUCUGACAAAUGAUACAAAAAUAAAGGAUUUGGAAGAUUCAGAUUUUUUCAUUCCAAAAAACAUGUUUGAUUUCGUAGCAUUCAGCCAACUAAAGGAGCUUGCAACGCAACAUGUUUACUUGGCAGGGGUAAUUUGUAAGGAAGGCAAGUUUACUGAGUUGCCUGAGCGAAAUGGGAAGCCACACUGUAGCUUCAGGUUCAAAAUCAGUGAUGGGAGGAAAAAAGUCAAUGUGACUUUCUGGGAUUCAAUGGCUCGCGACUUUGAUGCAGCCUUGACCUCACACCCUGGUGAGAAGACAAUUGUUAUCAUCGCAAGUGCAAAAGUGAGCGCAUGGCAAGGAAACUACGCACCUACGACAUUCUACAUCAAUUAUGAUCAUCACAGUGUCAACAACCUGAAAAAAAUGUUAAAUCAACCUCAGUUCUCACACUUGACAUCAACAACCAAGCCUAAGACUUACAAACUGUGUACAAUAGACCAGAUCAAGAAGUUGAAUGCACAAUACAUAGAUGUAAGAAUAAGGAAUGAGGAUGAGGUACUAUGCAAAGCAAAUUUGAAGUUUGUAGAAGAGACAGAAGAUUGGAAACAGUAUGAUUGUACAUCAUGCUACUCAGAUUGUAGCAAACUCGAUGGGAGAAACCACCGUUGCAGCGAGUGCAAUCGUAUUGUAGCAGACCCUUUGGAAAGAUUCAAAAUUUCUGCUGUAAUUUCUGAUGAUACGGGAGGACUCCAAGUUACUUUGUUUGAUCGUGAAGUGCGCACGCUAUUAGGGAAAACUGUGCAACAAGUUCAGACCAAGGACAACUCUUUCCCUAAAAUAAUUAAAAAUAUUCAAGGGAAAAACUGCACUUUCCAGCUUCUGAUAGCAAAAGAAAACAUCGAUAACAAUGACUCUGUGUACUGUGCUACAAACAUUGCCCUUGGUUUUGAUGUCAUCUUACCAACCGUUCAGGAACAGGCACAAGAAACGCAAUCAGAUAUUCAAACUGCACAGCCUUCAGGAUCAUCAUACCAUCUAGACAACAUCUCACAACUGGACUACGAACAAGCCUCAAAUUGA